AUGUUCCGUCAGAUAGCCGUCCAUCCUGACGAUCGAGAUCGGCAGCUCAUACUGUGGAGAGACGAAGCUGGAAACGAAGUCCGCGACUUUCGUUUAACCACGGUCACCUACGGGACAACUUCAGCCCCUUACCUUGCUCUACGAGUUCUACAACAGCUGGCAGACGAUGAGGAACAACGAUUUCCUUUGGUCAUCUUACGUCGAAAUUCCUACGUGGACGACCUGUUGGCUGGAGCCGACGAUCCUGCCAAGGCUGAGGAGUCUCGACAGCAGCUAAUCGGCAUCCUCAUGGCGGGCGGGUUCCCUCUUGAUAAGUGGACGCUGAACUACACGUCCCAAGAGGAACCUAGUGAAAGAGACCACAAAUUCCUGCAGGCGAGCAACGACGCGGAGACGCUAGGACUGACUUGGAAUGCGGUGGCAGACACGCUUACUGUUACCUCGGCCAAAUCGGACCAACCGUCAACCAUCCGAACUUGGACGAAACGACUUGUCCUUUCUUACACUGCUCGACUCUUCGAUCCGCUUGGAUGGGCCUCAUCAGUACUCAUACGCGCCAAAACACUACUGCAAGAUCUUUGGUUGUCAGGAGCAGAUUGGGACGAACCGCUUUCAGUCCGCCUGGAGGAGUCGUGGCUUCAGUUCCGUCAAGAUCUGGAAGAGGUAAAGACUAUCUCAUUACCACGUUGGGUUAGUUACAGGGAUGCGAUGCAAGAUCACAUCGAGCUGCAUGGCUUUUGCGACGCCUCCGAACGAGCAUACGCCGCUGCAGUCUAUGUACGCUUACCAAGUACCUCCACCAUGGCGAACGUGCAUCUCCUCAUCGCAAAAACGAAGCUCGCUCCAAUCAAGCUCUGCAGUAUUCCGCGUUUGGAAUUAUGCGGAGCUCUGCUACUGGCUCGACUCAUGGUGGCGGUUCGGGACGGCAUACUUCCUCUACGAGCCACCUUAUAUGCGUGGACGGAUGCAUCGAUGCGGCGAUAA